CCUCUCCUUCUCCUCUUGUUUCUCUUUCUGUCUCAAACUCAAACUCUCAAAAAACCCAAAAACAAUGAAGAAUUUUUAAGGCAAAAACCAGUCCAAACCCAAGAAAAUCGAGAUACCCAUUACCUCAAUUCUUGUAAAGAAAUGGCAGAAACUUCUGUUUCAUCCCCAAAACCUCUCCAACCUUCAAACCCCAUAGACCCAUCUUCAGCAACACCACCAACACAGUCACAAACACCAACACAAACACAAGCAACACUCACAAAUAUGGCAACCCCAUCAAAUUCCACACAAAACCCACCUCCCAUUCCUUCUCCUUCUCCUCUUUCUCACUCUCCUUCUCUUGAUCACAUCUCGUCUCCACCACAAAUCCCUCAACAACAGCAGCAGCAGCAACAACAAGCUGUUGGUUUAGAUUACCAACAAAAGCAACAACUUUUACAGCAACAGCAAUCUCAAACGUUGUCUCAAAAUGUCACUGGUUUAUCAAACUACCAACUCCAAACCAUUCAACGCUCUACAUCCAUGUCAAGAUUGAACCAAUUGACCCAACUUCAACAACAACAACAACAACAAUAUGGAGUCUUGAGGCAACAGCAACAGCAGCAGCAGGGUCUUUAUGGGAAUGUGAAUUUUGGUGGGUCUGCUGGGAUUCAACAGCAAAGCCAGCAGGGCCAGCAGACACAGCAACAACAGCAGCAGCAGCAACAGACUCAGCAGCAAUUGGGUACUAAUGCUGGGAACUUGUCAAGGUCAGCUCUGAUAGGCCAGAAUAGCCAUCUGCCCUUGUUGUCCGGGGCUGCUGCAGCGGCCGCGCAGUAUAACUUGAAUCCGCAAUUGUUAGCCUCGCCAAGGCAGAAAGCUGGGUUGGUCCAAGGGUCUCAAUUCCAUCAAGGUAAUUCACCUGGGCAAGCUUUACAAGGAAUGCAAGCACUAGGGAUGAUGGGGCAAAUCAAUUUGAGCUCGCAAAUAAGACCCAAUGGGAACCUUGCUUAUGCCCAGCGAAUUAACCAGAGCCAAAUGAGGCAACAAUUGCAACAACAAAGUUCUCUAAACUCUCCACAGGUUCAAAGCUUACCAAGGGGGUCGUCACUAUUUUUGAGUCCUCACUUAUCUGGGUUGGCUCAGAAUGGACAGCCAGCUAUGAUGCAGAACACUUUACCACAGCAACAGUGGUUGAAGCAAAUGCCAUCAAUCUCUAGUUCUGGCUCAUUCCGACUUCAACAUCAGAGGCAGCAACAAGUCCUCAUGCAGCAGCAACUGGCUUCAUCUCCUCAGUUGCUCCCAAAUUCUAUGACCCUAAACCAGCAGCAAUUAUCUCAGCUAGUACAGCAGCAGCAGCAGCAGCAGCAGCAACCAAUGGGGCAUCCACAGCUGCCGCAGCAGCAGCAACAACAACAACAGCAACAGCAGCCACAGCAACUACAACAACCUGCACAACUGCCUUUACAUCAGCAGCAACAGCAAUCUCCUAGGAUGCCUGGUCUGGCAGGCCAGAAAUCCCUUAGUUUGACAGGAUCACAGCCAGAUGCUACUGCAUCUGGUACAACUACACCAGGGGGGAGUUCCAGUCAAGGAACAGAAGCAACUAAUCAACUUCUUGGGAAGAGAAAGAUACAGGAUUUGGUUUCACAGGUAGAUCCACAGGGAAAGGUGGAUCCUGAACUUGAAGAUAUUCUUUUAGAGAUUUCUGAUGACUUCAUCGAUAAUGUGACUGCAUUUGCGUGCAGUUUGGCAAAACAUCGGAAGUCUCCAAAUAUAGAGUCCAAGGAUUUAUUGCUUCAUCUAGAGAAAAAUUGGAAUUUGAACGUUCCAGGAUAUUCAAGUGAAGAGCGGAAGUGCCGAAGCAAACCUUUAUCAAGUGAUCUCCACAAGAAGCGUAUUGAUUAUAUACGAUCACUGAUGGGAUCCCAACACUCUGAAACAAAUAUGAGUAAUCCUAAAGAGAUUAUAAGACAGGGACUUGGUAACCCAGUUGGUGUCAACCACCAUGUGCGACCUUCCUUGAGUUCGGAGCAGUUGGUUUCCCAAUCAACCAGUCCCCAAAUGCUACAGCAGAUGACACGGUUUUAAUGGAUAUGGACUCUCAAUUCUUGUUUGGUCUUCACAAAGAUUGGGUAUAACUGCAUGGACCUCAUUGGUUGGACAAGCAAAUACAGAUUGCCAAAAGUAGUAUCACAGCUGUAAUUACUUAGCAACUAUCAAAGACAUGAAAAUUGGUUGGAAGGGAUCAUAUUAGUUGACCAUCCUUCCACAUUGUUAUAUAUUUAGAUGCAUGAUGAUUUGGUUGAGGUGAUAAUUCAUUGCCCAUAAGUUGGAAAAAAUGAUCUUAUAUUUCCGCUGUGGAAACAUGUUAUACCACCUCCAUAAGUUGAGCUCGUGCCUCCAACUGCAUAAAACCAAGCAAGUUGGUUGGGCUUUGUAUUCUAGAUUUUUUAGAGAAAAUUUUCUUAUGUUUAGGAUUGGGGAUCUAUUUUGUAUUGUAAUUGAUAAACAGAAUAUGGUUGGAUGGGUUUUGGAUGCUAAUUUGUUCUUGCACUGGCUCAACAACUUUUAAGGCCAUUUGAAGCCUGACUGUGCUCAAUGUCUCAGUGUUGAUCCAUUUUCUCAUCAAGAGCUGUGGAAUAGGAAUUUCAAGGACAAGCAGUUAUUUUAGUUAUUGAUAUAUGAUGUUUCAAUUUAGUGUUU